AUGCCAUACUCAAAGUCCCAAUUCAUCCUCAGCCUAGCCCUCACCCUCCUCCUCUUCUGGACAACCAUAAUCUCUCUCCUCAUCUACUUCAUCUCCUCCCUCGAACCGCACAAGCCCACUCCUCCCUGCCGUGGCAAUUUGAUCCACGAAGAAAUAUGUUAUUGUCCCACUUCCAUUUCCCAAUGUACCCCAAGACCUCCAAGCGAAUCUAUCACAAUUCAAAAUCUAGAUUCUGGACCCGAAACUCCGGUCAAACAGAUAAUAAUAUAUUUUGCGCUCGCAAUGGCCAUAUGUGGGAUGUUGGUGCAGAUGGCAAUACUAAGCGGAUGGCGGAGUCCUUGGGGAGAGAAAGUUGUGUGGAGGAAGGGGGGAUCAGGAUGGGAAUGGAAAAUUGUUUCAGUGGGGGAGGAUAAGAAAGGGGGGAAUGGCGAACAAGCUCCUUUGAUUGUAAGCGAGAAUUAG